GGCUACAACUGACCCUGCAGCUUCUAUAAAUUCUCGCCCUCGUUGUUCACCCUCUACCAUUAGUAAUAUCCCUGAGAUACCUUGCACACUACUACAAGUGGAUGAGCACAUCAACCAACCCUCGACAAUAUUCACUAUAAUCAUCUUACAAACAGUAUGGCCGACCAACCGUCCUCCACCCCCCUCCGCAUCGGCAUCAUCCUAUUCCCAGGCUUCCAAGCCCUCGACGCUUUCGGACCCCUAGACUGCCUGAAUGACCUCUCCCGAACCCACAACCUAACCCUAUCCAUUCUCUCCUCCACUCUAUCCCCCGUAUCCACCAAAGUCCCCCUCCUCCCCAACACUAUCAGCCAAAGCAUCCUCCCCACACACACCUUCGCCACUGCCCCGGAUCUCGACGUCCUCCUCAUACCGGGUGGUCUCGGCAUCCGCGACUCCGGCCCGGCCAUCCAAGACGCCAUCAGCUACAUCCGCGCCGUAUACCCCAAGCUCCAGUACCUGAUCACAGUGUGCAACGGAUCAGCCCUAGCCGCCAUUGCCGGCGUCUUGGAUGGUCGUCGCGCCACAACAAACAAAAAGAUCUUCGACGAGGUUGCGGCCCUAGGCCCAAAGGUGGAUUGGGUACCGCAGGCGAGGUGGGUAGUAGAUGGGAAUAUCUGGACUUCAUCGGGUGUCAGUGCGGGUAUUGAUGUUAUUCUGGCUUGGAUCGAGGAGGUGUUUGGGGAGAAGGUCGCGGAUGAUCUUACCAAUGGGUUGGAGUAUACGAGGCAUCGGGAUGCGAAUAUAGAUCCGUUUGCGAAGGUGCAUGGGUUGUGAGUGGUGAGUAUUUGAACGGGGUUUAUGCUUUAUAGGAAAUAUCUUUACUCAUGACUUUUGAAUGUUGCUUUUUCUAUGUAUCACUUUCUUUUGUAUCACUAUUUCUGUCAAACUUGAAUGUAAAGGACUCUGCUUGUUGGGUAGUCUCCACUGUAAAUCACCCCAAGUUUCGACCUAGUUGAGAUAUAUACUUACGGUCGAGUUACUGGAUUGUUGUAUCUCCAGGGCAGAAAGGGACACAAAAGGCCCUGAAUUAGCACCUUGGAGAUAAUAUUAUUCUAUCGAG